CCAAAGAUUAUCUUAUAUACUACCUUGAGUGGCUCUGCUAUCUUCACUUGCUUAUACUUCCAUGGCUGCUUUGCUUUGUUUCUCGUGUGGCCAUUGCCUUGCUGCAGUUUUCCUUUCUCUUUCUGCAGUCAUCGUUUUAGUUCAUGGAGUGGAGGAAAAUGAAGUGAAGAACUGUGAUUUUUUUCAAGGGAGUUGGGUUUUUGAUGAUUCAUUUGAGCCUCUCUAUGAUUCUUCGAGCUGUCCGUUCAUCGGAGGCGGCUUCGAUUGCCAGAAAAACGGCAGGCUUGAUCGGAAUUACCUAAAGUAUAGAUGGCAGCCUAAUGGCUGUGAACUCCCCAGGUUCAGUGGAAUCGAUUUCCUGGAGAAAUAUAGGAAGAAGAAGAUACUUUUCGUGGGGGAUUCAUUAAGCAACAAUAUGUGGAGAUCACUGGUUUGCAUGCUACAUUCUGCAGUCCCCAAAUCAAGCUACACAUUUAGCUCAAAAGGGUUGCUCUCAUCGUUUUCAUUGCCGGACUAUGGGAUUUCAGUUAACUGGCUUAAAAAUGGAUUUCUGGUAGAUAUGGCAUACGAAAAGAUUGGUAAAGUUUUGAAGCUCGAUUCGAUCAGUACAGGAAAAUUGUGGCUGGGUGCCGAUGUCUUGAUCUUCAAUAGCUAUCACUGGUGGACUCACUCCGGACGCCUGCAAUCAUGGGACUACUUUCAAUAUGGAAGCAAGACUGUGAAAGAGAUGGAUCACAUAGAAGCAUACCAGAUUGCAAUGACAACUUGGGCAAAUUGGGUUGAUAACAACAUUGAUCCUUCCAAGACCAGAGUCUUCUUCCAGGGAGUUGCAGCAGUUCAUAUCAAUGCCAAGGAAUGGGGUGAACCAUCCCACAAAGAUUGCAUUAAAGAAACAGAGCCACUGAAAGGGUCAACAUACCCUGGCCCUCCUGUGCCUGGGGAAGCUAUCUUAAAGACUGUUUUGAGUAAAAUGACUAAGCCUGUCUAUUUACUUGAUAUUACUUUGCUAACACAGUUACGGAAAGACGGCCAUCCUUCCGUUUAUGCUGGCGGUGGCCCCAAGUUUGUCGAUUGCAGCCAUUGGUGUCUUGCCGGUGUGCCUGAUACUUGGAACCAACUAUUAUAUGCAGCUUUGGUUCAGUAAGAUAAUUCUUUUCCCAUAGAUAUUGUUGGGAGAUAAUUUAUCAACUCAUUAACAGCCACAUUGGCUGUUUAUAAUUGUAAGCGAAUAAAACUUUCGAUUCCAAUAAAA